AUGGCUACUGACCAAGGACGAAAAGAACGUCCGUCUCCCUUACAAACACCUAUACCUCCGGCUUCGGGCUACACCGAUUCAACUGCCGUCUCACCUGCCCUAUCUUCAUUCUCCUCCCCUUCACGAUUGCAGAAUAAAAAGUUUUCAAGCUCCGUCUCUUCCUUACUACCAUCCCCCGGGAUAGGUAUCACUAUGGAGCGCACAGGAUCUCUGCCAAUUCAAUUAGCAGGUGUCAAAGAGGAGCGCAGUAAAGAUAUUGAAGAAGAAUACUUUGGGUUCGACCAAGUGUUUGAGCCUGAUGGAAUGACCAGCGAGGUCUACGACUUGACAGACCAUCCUGUGUACUACGAAAUUGAACCACCAAAGCGAUUGCGCUCGGAGAGCCAAUCGUCACGAGGGUUGUCAAGAAUUGGAUCUAGAAUCUCAUCUAUGUCAUCGCGAUGGAUGUCAACGGCGCGAUCAUCCGGGGGAACAUAUGUUACUGAUAUUCUGGACGACGAGUUGCGAUCACGAGCCAAUUCAGCCGCCUCGUCGACAUCCCAAAUCACCUCCAUCUCUCAAGAAGUACUUCCGCCGGCAAGGACCUCUCUUGAUAAGUCGCGUUUCAGCGGGCACAGCGUAGGAGCGAUAUCCAUCGAAAAAGCCAACAGCCUGGCUGCCGACGAGGAAGACGAAGUUGGAGCCAAGGCCAGCACACCAUUGCUUCCACCUGUCUGGAGUGAAUUCCCAUCUACCAAUCCCGACUCGGAAAUCGCGUCCCCAUUACCAUCUCCUACUGUCGCAGACGUGUUCAAUGAGGAGGAUACUUUGCCAGCAAUGACAAGCACACGUACAUCUAUACACCGAUCUCCGCCAUUGUCCACGAAGCCUUCUGUAUCGUCCUUGACAACAAGAGCUCGAGGUAUGACUUUGAGGACGACAAUCUCCGGCGAAGGAGCUCCACCUUUAGUCUUGACUGAGGGAGACGAUGAAUGGUCUGCCAAACUUGGACACGCCAACUUCACCAUUCACCCAGAGCCAUAUAUCCCCGAGACUUCUGACGCGAGAACAUUCCGCCAAUUUCGGGAUGACUGGGACUUGGCGCGCACCAACUAUGCCAAGCAUCUCGUUCGCACGGGGGAGCACUACGGAGAAACCUCGAUGAUCUACAAGUUCACCAAGGAGAAAUGGGAAACCAUUGAGGAUGAAUGGAAGAAGAACUUGGAAACAAUUGUCACCAAUGAUGUCAAGUUCGGCGCUAUUCUUGGCUUGACCAAGUCCAACAUGAGUCCCACCGAAGCCAUCAAAAUCCCUCGUAUACACGACAACGAAAAGUUCCCCGAGCUAGGGGACGAGGAGAUCGUCGGACCCAUGUCAGUUGCGCCUGCCAUUCACUCCACCCAGCGAUGCAAGUCACCCAAGCGACGAAACGUGUUUCGCUUUUUGCACAACCUUGUCAACCGUCCUGCACCUGGCCUUGCCGCGACGCGUGCUUAA